CUGCUACUGACUCACAUACAACAAAAUUUUAAGUUGAAGAGCUACGUUCUUUCACCACUUCUGGAGCACGUGAAAUCCGAGUGAAUGUGAGUUCCCUUGUAUUGUUAUCUCAGGAUGUUGGUUCAUGUCCAUAUAAAGCUUAUACUUUGCUUUGUUGUACUGACGGAGGAGUCUACAGCAUGUCAGAAAAGCAGUUGGACAAUAGUAACAUGAUGGAGGGAAAAACCGCGUUGGAGAUAGAAGCUGCUGAGGCUCUAAGCCUUCUUUCGAUGGGUGGUCAUGGGGAAAGUGUUCGUGAAACCGAGCAACGGACAAACGCGAAUCUGGCCUCCACGAGAGAUGUAAACAAGGGUAUUCUUUCACCUGGAACCGCCCAAGCAUAUCGUACUUUGGAUACUCGUGCAAGAGCUUCCACUACCUCUCAGGCUCCGGUUGCUCCAGUUGCUCCAGCAGCCAUGAACCAAACGGCUUUGCAAGCUUACCUUAUCCAUCAGCAACGCCUCGCUGGGAUUGCACCAGACAAGAUCGUCAUGAUGGAUGAACUACGCAACAAUCAGCAACAGGCGGGCUGGCGACGAAAUCGAGCGCCGCCGCCGCCGAUAGUGCAGAUCACUAAUGAUGGCAUCGUCAUACCGCACAUUCCACCUGCACAAUUCAAUGGGGCCGUUCCUCAGGCACCUGCAGUUACUGCACAGCCAGCUGGGACCCUCCAGGCCGCUCUGAGGUCUCAACUCCAGAGGCAGGGCGGGGGUAGUGUUGCUCGUGGAGGAGGUCCUAGUCUUCGAUCACGACAAACCCUGCGAUCGAGGCCACAUGGAGGACUGGGACGUAUUCGACGAGGUACGCACCGAGUGUCAAACGGCCUUCAGGUGUCUGGGUCGUCAGGGGCGAACAGCUUGAUCAUGACACCUCAACCUGAACGACAAACAUCACUAGUUAUCAGGCCUAGACCCACGCCUCAACUGAAAACGGGCCAUGAAUCAGACGCCAGAACGGUCAACAGUGAUUUCAAUAUCUUCAACGCCAUUAUGAGGCACCCUGAACUGGCGUUUACCCUUGCCAAGCAUCUUCGUGUGAAAGAGCUGAUAAGUCUCUAUGCUAUCUCCAGGGACUUCCAUAACCUGAUGGAUACGCGAUUCACUACCAUGGUCCUGACACAGGCGACCACGAAAGCGCCAGAAUCCGCUAACAUCUUUCCUUUCCGCUGCUACCAGAACUUGUGCAUCGAGGACCCAGCACGGAACCCUCAUCCAGACCUGGCACGUGCAGGUUUAGGCGUGAGUCGUAAGGUGCCUUCCUUGCGAUGGCUACUGAUGAUCUUCUGGCGCGAGAGUGUCGUGAUGGAUAUAAUGAGGCUGAUGCAGAGAGAUGGAGUCGGUAUGCCCAGGGAUUGCAUACCGGCGAUCAAGAAACUCUGGUUCCUGAUGGAUAUUCCGGAUAAUGCUCGUCGUAUCGGUAUCAUUCAGAACUCGAACCUCUGGUCGAACGCUGACUUGUUCUUCGCCUCGUUGUUCUUCGUGAAACUUGACAUGCGUUUCACAGAUCCGCUCUCUGGGGGCGGCCGUGACGGAAUGAGGCGCUUGGUUCUCGCACAGCCCAGCUUCUCGUUGUUGUGGAAACUGCUGAGACGCACUGCACUGCAGACCCAUUUUGAGACUCUCAAAGCUUACGUUCGCUGGAAAUACCGACCAUUGCCACACGAAGCAGACAAGACCAUGUUUGGAGUGCCACCCCAGGAGAUCGGCGCGCUCCAAUUUGAGGGCUAUGGGAAGACAGGAAGCAAAAUUCGGCUGCAGAGGGUAGACGAGCUUAUCUUGAAGGAAGGGAUCAGACGGAGGCUCAGCAUGCAUGAUAGAUACAUGGAUAUGUUCCUCUGGGGAUAUGUGAACCCGAUAAUGGCCCAGGCUGCAAAAGAGCAAAGGCAGCAGCAGAAUGCAGAAACACAGGGCCGAGCGAAUCUUUUGAGAAUAACUCCAGCAUAGAUCAGUCCCGAUAAACUAGGGAUCAAUUGGGGAUUAACUCUAUGGGGAGUUUAGUUUGUUGUGCCAGCAUUUUGAUGAAGCAACCAGAACUUGAAAAUCAUAGGAGAAAAUGUACAAAUAGACUUGAAUUUCACAAUUUAAUAUUCACAUGAUUGGGAAUUACUGUAGAAUUGCCUGCAACAAUGAUGGGC